GAAAGCCUUUCAAAAUAUUUACUCCCUCCUCCGGCCGGAAGGUGGCAAUUGUCUACUAACAGUAUUCGCACGUUCUCCAUACUAUGAUGCCUAUCAGAAGCUGAGCAAAACAAUUCAAUGGUCUGCGUAUAUGACGGAUGUUGAAAAUUACACUUGUUCGUGGCAUUAUGCCUACGAUCCCGUCGGUGAGGUUAAUAAAAUUUUAAAAGAUUGUGGCUUUCAUGAUAUUGAAGUUCAACUGCGGCCGAUAAUUUAUACUUAUGCCAGUAUUGAGGAUUUUAAAAAAAACAUGAAAGCUGUCUCCCACUAUACACAUCGUAUCCCUGUGGAAAGGCAGGAGGAAUUUAUGAAUGAUUUUGCCGAAGCCAUGAUGAAGGCUAAACCUAAUUUUAAAUAUUUCAAUGAUUGCAAUGGUGGAUUUAAUUUUCCCUUUGAACAGUUGAUAAUUUUUGCAAGGAAAUAA